AUGCCGUCAGUCGAAAACAAGAAAAGCUGGCUCAUCACCGGCGCCUCAUCAGGGCUUGGACUCGAAAUGGCCCUGGCCGCACUGCGCGCCGGACACUGCGUGGUUGGGACCGGCCGGAACAUCGAAUUUGCUGCGAAUAACUGUCCUGAUUUUGAGCGACUUGGUGGUAGAUGGCUGCAGCUAGACGUUUCUCAGCCAGAGGCGCAACGGGUUGUGGAGGAUUUCCUUGCUGCGGAGCAGCAGCAGGAGCACUGGGUUGUUGUAAAUAAUGCAGGCAGCACCCUAGUCGGGACAGUGGAAGACAUGAGCGAAGCCCAAAUCGACGCGUACAUGCAAGCGAACCUCCACGGGGCGAUUCGCGUAUGGAAGGCUUGCCUGCCGGUUCUCCGCCGAAAUCGCACUGGUACCCUUAUUACUAUAUCAUCCGUCUGGGGGUUUGUACCCAAAUGCGAACAUAUGCUCUACAGUGCCGCCAAAGCCGCGCUGGAAUCGUUGACGGAAUCUUACGCCGACCUGCUGCGUCCAUUUGGGAUUCGGGUUAUGAUUAUUGAGCCGGGGGGGUUUCGGACGGGGUUUCCGGAGAAUGCCGCGAGGUCGGAUAGGGGAGUGACAGGGGAUUAUGAGGAGAGGAUUGAGGCUUGGAUGGGGGUUUUGGACGAGGCGAGUAGGGAUAGGACUGUUGUGAAUGGGGAUCCGAGGCUGUUUGGGGAGAGGAUUCUGAAUGCGGUGGAUGGGGAGGGAGCGUUUAAGGAGAUCGGAAAAGAACUGAGGGUGCCUCUGGGCUCUGAUUGCUAUGGUAUAUUGGGGCAACGACUGAAGGAACUAGGAGAAGGAUAUGCCAGAAUAUCUGAAAUUGCGAAGUCGACAGACGUCGCUAGUUAA